UGUGAUCUCAACAACCGAGGAAGUUGCGACUGUUACCAAACCUAGUGGUAGUAAUUAAGUGCAUCUAAGCCGCUAACACUUUGUCGAACGAAGACGGCUUGUUUAUUUCUUCUGUGAAACGGAGGCAAGACAUAUUAACGCCGUUAUGAAUCCCGAUAUUCAGAGAGAACGUGAAAAUGCGACGUUCAACCCAGAACUUCUCACGUACAUUUUGGAUGGUGGUCAAGAGAAGACCAGGCGAAGGAGAGAAAUAGAAGCACUGGUUAUCAGUGAUCCAGAUUUCCAGCAGGAAGACCCCAACUUUCUGUCAAGGAGUGAGCGGUAUGAAGCAGCGGUGAGGAAGAGCGCCCAGAUGAUCCUGAAACUCCGAGAGUAUGGCAUCUCCGACCCUGAAGAAAUUUAUAAUUACAAGAGUACGUUCAAAGGACAGCACCACGAGGCGGUGGGUCUUCACUACGCCAUGUUCUUGCCCACGCUGCAGAGCCAGUGUGACGCACAGCAGCGCAAGAAGUGGCUCCCGCUGGCCGAGUCCUUCAAGGCCAUUGGCACCUACGCUCAGACUGAGCUGGGUCACGGAACCUUCAUCCGAGGUUUGGAGACCACCGCGACCUACGACCCCUCCACACAAGAAUUUGUCAUGAACAGCCCAACCAUCAGCUCUAUCAAAUGGUGGCCUGGAGGAUUGGGUAAGACGUCCAACCAUGCCAUAGUCCUGGCUCAGCUGUACACCCAAGGGACCUGCCAUGGCCUCCAUGCUUUCAUCGUCCCCAUCCGUUCUAUGAGCACACACAAGCCACUUCCAGGCAUUACUGUGGGAGAUAUUGGGCCCAAGUUUGGUUUCGAUGAGGUCGACAACGGUUACCUGAAGAUGGAUAACGUGCGCAUUCCUCGUGAUAACAUGCUCAUGAAGUAUGCCAAGGUUGAGCCGGAUGGGACGUACCACAAGCCCCCGAGCUCCAAGCUGACAUACGGCACCAUGGUGUUCAUCCGCUCCAUGAUAGUGGGCGAGUCGUCCCGCGCGCUGGCCAAAGCCUCCACCAUCGCCAUCCGCUACAGCGCCGUCCGGCACCAGUCCGAGAUACGGCCCGGCGAGCCGGAGCCUCAGAUCCUGGACUACCAGACGCAGCAGUACAAGCUCUUUCCCCUGCUGGCCACGGCCUACGCCUUCUACUUUGUGGGCCAGUACAUGACGGAGACCUACCACCGCAUCACCGGCGACAUCCACCAGGGAGACUUCAGCGAGCUCCCCGAGCUGCAUGCCCUCUCUGCGGGCCUGAAGGCCUUCACCACCUGGGUGGCGAACGCGGGCAUCGAGGUGUGCCGCAUGGCGUGUGGCGGCCACGGCUACUCGCAGUGCAGCAGUCUGCCGGACAUCUACGUCACCUUCACGCCCACCUGCACGUACGAGGGCGAGAACACGGUCAUGAUGCUGCAGACUGCCAGGUACCUGGUGAAGAGCUACAGGCAGGCGAGUAAAGGCGAGCAGCUGACCGGCAUCGUGUCCUACCUGAACGAUGCCCAGCAGCGCCUGCAGGCCCAGCCCGUGUCCUCCCGCCCCACCGUGGUCAACAUCAGCGACCUGGCCAGCCUGGUGGAGGCCUACAAGCUACGUGCCGCCAAGCUGGUGGAAGUUGCAGCCAAGAGCCUGCAGGGGGAGCUGCAGAAGAGCAAAAGCCCCGAGGACGCCUGGAACAACUCCUCCAUCGACCUCGUCCGAGCCUCUGACGCCCAUUGCCACUAUGUGGUGGUGAAGCUGUUCGCGGCCAAGUUGGGGGAGGUGGGGGACACAGGCGUCCACUCUGCCCUCAGCACGCUGGCCCUGCUCUACGCCCUGCACGGGGUCGCCCAGAACUCCGGAGACUUCCUGCAGGCAGGUCUGCUGACUGUCCCUCAGCUCUCCAGCGUCUCCCAGCGCCUGAAGGACCUUCUGGGCCAGGUGCGCACCAACGCCGUGGCCCUCGUGGACGCCUUCGACUACUGCGACGAGAUGCUCAACUCCGUGCUGGGUCGCUACGACGGCAACGUCUACGAGCACAUGUUUGAUUGGGCCCGCAAGUCUCCACUGAACCGCACUGAGGUGCACCAGUCCUACCACAAGUAUCUGAAGCCUCUGCAGUCCAAACUGUGAGUUGUGUGUGCGUGUGCGUGUGCGGAGGACCUCAACGAGCCACUCAACUCACUCAGCCCCACCAACCCCAAGAUGGAGGUGAAACAUUUCUCCCCUGAGAAAGGGGAGUCUGCACUUAGCAAUCAAACAGGCAUGGGGCCUUAGUCAUACAGUAUAAUUUCAAAUAUAGUCUGAUAAUGCAGGGCCAACGGGGUUUGGACCCAUAGCUAGCAAUGCUGAUAGGGAUAGCACGUAAGUGCUCACAAGCUAAAUACACUAACUUCAAUCAUCAUUGGUACUUAUAACAGUUUUCCAACUUUUUUAGAAAAAAUAAUUGAAGUCAACACGCUUUCAACAUACAAAUAAGACCUUUAGAUCGUUAAUAUGGUGUAAAGCAUGAUGAAUUAUUCCCUGAGGGCCGGAGAAUAUCGCAAAUUGGCUUGGCAGGGUGAAAACUAUUUUGUCAAAAGUAUAUAAGCAUAAAGCAGUUUGCCAAGAUGAUUGUUAGUCCUGAAAGAUAGAUUUCAUGAGGUAAUUUAGGUAAGUUACAUACAUGGUCAAUAAAGUUGUAGGGAACAUUUUGUAUAAAGAAGAGAGUUGGAGGUGUUAGGCAUGAUGGAGAAUGUGAACCAAUGCCUUCUCCGUAUUAUUUUCACUAAACUCCGCAUGUUUCAAGGCUAUGAACUGUAAACAAUGGUCAGUUGAUUAUUAAAUCAGGUUAGGUAUAUUGUCUGAUUUACAUAGUUCUGUAAAAUACAAAACAAAGUUAAUUAAAGAAUAUAAUGUGUGAAAUGGAACCAAGGCAAUGAAAACAUGCUCUCAAAGGAAUACAAUCAUAAUGGUUUUCCUAAAGGUUUUGCCGUGUCGAGUCGGGCAAUUUAGUGCUGCUCCUUGAUUUGGCCUUUCAUCAAGGUAAAGAAAUGACUGAAGACCACCGGUAAAGUACAGAAAUUAAUGUGAAUCUUACUCUCUCUUUCUUUCUUUUUUUUAAAAAAAAAACCAUUGUAUUGUAAUCAUUGGGAAAAUAAUUUUGUAAUAUUUGAAAUAUGUAAAGAAAUGUAUUGUUUUCUAACAGCCUCUGUAAAGGUUUAUACAUGUCACUUGACAAUUUUUAUUGACCACACAGUUGUAUCUGAUGAGUUAUAAUGGUUAAUUGGAUUUACAUGGAUAAGCCAUUCUUAUUUGAUCUGGAGUAGGCCUAAUAUAAUGCAAAUGCAUGCCUUAACUGAAUUCUGCUACUUGUAGUGGAGCUAUGUCCAUAAACCAAUGGAAUAGAAGUUAGAUUGUCUUGAUUUUAUUUUCCAUAUUUGUUAUGUUUUGAUCAGUUUAAUGUGUCUGGUAUAGUACUCUGUAGUGGUCGGAUCAGAUCACAAUCUCAAAUGCCUUGUAAACUACAUGUACCGCAUAGCGGUACAAAAUAUGACCGCCGCUCAGUCCUGUACAUCCUUUCCGCAAAAAUAAAUCACACUAAUCAA